GUCCCAUACAUAUCCGUAGAAGCGGGUCGCUGGAUACGCAGACAUGGCUGCUCUCAAGUUUCUUUCUUUCGUGGCCUAGAAAGGAAAAGGUUUCUCUCUUGAAAAGGAACACCCGGUCGGCGAGAUGUUGACGACGAAUGCGAAGAUCAUUAAAAGCGGUGGGGCCGAGCCCGACCCGUUCGAGAUUAGCGUUUCCCAGUCUCUUCUCGAAUUGGAGAUGAACAGCGACUUGAAAUCGCAAUUGAGGGAACUCUACAUUACUAAAGCAAAAGAAAUCGAGACCAACAACAAGAAGUCGAUCAUCAUAUAUGUGCCCAUGCCAAGGCUGAAAGCAUUCCAGAAGAUACAGACGAGAUUAGUGCGCGAAUUAGAAAAGAAGUUCUCUGGAAAGCAUGUGAUGUUCAUUGGUGAGCGUAAAAUCUUGCCCAAGCCGACGAGGAAGACACGAACGAAGAACAAGCAGAAGCGUCCUAGGAGCCGCACGUUGACUUCCGUCUAUGAUGCGAUACUGGAAGAUUUAGUAUAUCCCGUUGAAAUCGUCGGCAAACGUAUCCGAGUUAAGCUCGAUGGGUCGCAACUUAUUAAAGUGCAUCUCGAUAAAAAUGAACAGACCAACAUCGAACAUAAGGUCGAUACGUUCGCUUCAGUAUACAAGCAGUUGACUGGACGGGAUGUCACGUUUGAAUUUCCCGAGUCUUAUGUAUGAUGAACAUGAAUAAAAUAAAACCUCUUGAAUGAGUAUUUAUA